AUGCGUGAAAUUGUUCAUAUUCAAGCUGGCCAAUGUGGCAAUCAAAUUGGUUCGAAGUUUUGGGAAGUUAUCUCGGAUGAGCAUGGAAUUGAUCCACUUGGACAGUAUUAUGGUGACAGUGAUUUACAACUGGAACGUAUCAAUGUUUAUUAUAGUGAGGUACAAAAAAAACGAUAUGUACCAAGAGCAAUUUUGGUAGAUUUGGAACCGGGAACAAUGGAUAGUGUACGAGCUGGCUCUUUUGGACAACUCUUUCGACCUGACAAUUAUGUUUUCGGUCAAAGCGGAGCUGGUAAUAACUGGGCUAAGGGUCAUUAUACGGAAGGAGCGGAAUUGGUUGACAGUGUAUUGGAUGGUUUUCAAUUUACUCAUUCACUGGGAGGUGGUACCGGUUCCGGUAUGGGUACAUUGCUGAUAUCAAAAAUUCGUGAAGAAUAUCCAGAUCGCAUUAUGACCACCUUUUCUGUGGUUCCAUCACCGAAGGUAUCGGAUACUGUGGUAGAACCAUACAAUGCUACAUUAUCGGUACAUCAGUUGGUUGAAAAUACUGACGAAACAUUUUGUAUCGAUAAUGAAGCAUUAUACGAUAUCUGUUUCAGAACGUUGAAAUUGACAACACCAACAUAUGGCGAUUUGAAUCAUUUGGUCAGUGCGACGAUGAGCGGCGUUACGACAUGUCUAAGAUUUCCUGGACAACUAAAUGCUGAUUUACGCAAACUGGCUGUCAAUAUGGUGCCAUUUCCACGAUUGCAUUUUUUCAUGCCCGGUUUUGCGCCACUUACUUCUCGAAGCAAUCAACAAUAUCGUGCUGUUACUGUAGCUGAAUUAACUCAGCAAUUAUUUGACGCUAAAAAUAUGAUGGCUGCUUGCGAUCCACGACAUGGACGUUAUCUUACAGCUGCCGCAAUCUUUCGUGGAAGAAUGUCAAUGAAGGAUGUUGAUGAACAAAUGCUAAAUAUACAAAACAAGAAUUCCGCAUAUUUUGUUGAUUGGAUUCCGAAUAAUGUAAAAACAGCGGUAUGCGACAUACCGCCACGUGGACUGAAAAUGGCUGCCACAUUUAUUGGCAAUUCGACGGCAAUUCAGGAACUUUUCAAACGUGUUUCCGAGCAAUUUACUGCAAUGUUUCGACGAAAAGCAUUUCUUCAUUGGUAUACCGGUGAAGGUAUGGAUGAAAUGGAAUUUACGGAAGCAGAAAGUAACAUGAAUGAUUUGGUUUCUGAGUACCAACAAUAUCAGGAUGCAAGUGCUGAUGAAGAAUUGGAAGAAGUAAUGAAACAAGCGGAAACAGAAUAA